GUACGCUUUUGAUUGAGUGCAUGAAAGAGAAGGGUUAACUUCUCAUCUCAAAAUACAAGAAAAAGUUAUCCCAAAAGGAGGAAAAAGAGAUUGAACAAGAAACCUCCACAGCGCUGCCAUGAAAAUUCGGUCACAGGGACGGGAGCAGAGACAGAGGCAGAGAGCGGCUGAUGUCAGCGACAGCACGACAGCCACGUGUCGGCUCAUCCUGCUCUCUUGGUCCUGACGUACACGUGUCAGGGAGUGGCCUUCUGUUCCCAAGCAAUGAAGGCUUCUUCACCUAAGAACCAGAAGGACCAAAACAUCCCCGCCCACCAGUACCAAGAAGUGUGGUAAAUCAAUAUGGCUUAGAAUCAUUGGGACAACAAAAGGAUACAUUUGGUGAUCAGGAAAAGGGGAAUCUUAGAGAGUUGAAUAUGGCAACUGAGAGCCCUGUGAGAAUGGUGGAGGGAUGUGGAGCUAGAAAGUGGUCAUCGUCAAAGGAUGCUGCUAUUUAUGGAUCGCCUUUAAAGUCUUUGGCUGCAGAAGAAUUGGGAUUGCUUCUCAAAGGGCAUAGGAUCCAUGGUGAUCAAACUGAAAGUGUUCCCAGUCGAAGUGGUAGUGCACCACCAAGUAUGGAAGGGUCAUUUGCAGCUAUAGGGAAUCUCUUAGCUCAACAGAACCUGAGCAUGACCUCUAGCUUGGAAAGUUUACACAAUGCUAUCGAGAAUUGCGAGUCUGAAGAACAACUGCGCUCUGAUCCUGCUUACUUUGCUUACUAUUGUUCUAAUGUCAACUUGAAUCCAAGACUUCCGCCGCCACUGUUAUCUCGAGAAAACCGGCGUUUGGUGCGCCAUAUUGGUGGUUUGGGCAGCAACUGGAGAGGUGCUUCAGUAGAUGACAGUGGCGAUGUCUCCUUACACUUAUCUGGAGGCUCCCUAUCGACUCAUAAGGAGGAGCCUGAAGAUGAAAGGUCACCCAGGGAAGCAUCUGAAAAUUCCUUGGACAAUGGCACUCUGCUUGUCUCGGAGCACAGUGCAUCUUUUGCAGCUGGUCGUCAUAAAAGUUUGGUUGAUCUGAUACAGGAAGACUUUCCUCGGACACCGUCCCCUGUGUAUAGUCAUACUCGAUCCCCAGGUCAUGGAACUGAUGAAGCUGUUGAACACGACGUAGAUGCAAAUACAGCGAAUGUCUCUUCUAUUAGUUUGUCGGAUGUACCCGAAAAAGAUGGCGGUUCUGAUGGAGCUUCUGAUGCAUAUGAAGUUGACCUUCAUGCCCUCAGUUUAUCAUCAGGCAAUGACACCCCAACAUCCUCUUUGCAAAGAAAUCCACCCAAGAAAAGGGAUGAAUUUGCGACAAAGGAAGUGAACCAGGUAGGUGAUUCGCCAAAUAUAGGUUCCAUUCAGUCUGGUGUUGUCAAAGUGGAAGCUAGGAUGAGAAACAGACAAGAAGAUCAUCAAUCUUAUGGUAGGAAUGCGUCUCAGCAGCAUCCAUCUGUUCACCGUGCCAUUCCUCACCAGGCUCAUGGGUUCCAAGCUCUCAUGGUUUCACAAGCUAUGAACCAUUCCCACAGUCCUGUUGAUAACUUAUCGCAUGGCCACCCUAAUUUCCCAUCUAUUGGCUUACAAUCAUCAGUCAACUCCUCUGUACUCAAUCCUCCUUUAUAUGCAAAUGCUGAUGCUUACAUGACUGCUGGGAAUCCUUUCUAUCCAAACUUCCAACCAUCUGGCUUGUACUCUCCGCAUUAUGGUAUGGGAGGGUAUGCACUGGGAUCAGCAUUCGUUCCCCCAUUUAUGACCAACUAUCCUUCUCAUGGUCCAAUUCCUAUUCCAUUCGGUGCUGCUUCGGCCCCAGGGACUGAUGGUAGGACUGUUGCACCCUUAGCUGGGGAAAGCAUUACACAUAUUGGUGGAUCGCAUCAUCCGGGGAAGUUUUAUGAACCUCAUGGAUUAAUGCUUCAACCACCCCUUGUAGAUCCACUUCAUAUGCAAUAUUUUCAACAUCAGUUUGGAGAUCCAUAUGGUGCUACUGUUCAGCAUGACCACCUGGCAUCAAGUGGAACUAGUGCUGCUCAACUUGAUACAUUUACUCCAAGGAAAGAUCAGUCUAUUCCUACAUAUUUUGGCGACAGAAAACUCCAGGCUCCAACUUAUGGAAAUUCAAGCAUUCCAAGCCCUGGAAAAGUAGGACUAAAUAAUAAUAGCUACUAUGGGGGGCCUGCAGGUAUGGGUGUAAUGACCCAAUUUCCUGCCUCGCCUCUUCCCAGUCCUGUUCUAUCUCCUUCAGUAGCAACAGUGAAUCAUUUUGGUCGACGGACCGACACAAGAUAUCCCCAGGCCUCUGGCAGAAAUUCAGGACUCUACUCUGGGGGCCAAGGCCAGAGGGGGAUUAAUAGUUUUGAUGACCAGAAAAGGCAUUACUUCCUUGAAGAGCUUAAAUCUAGCAAUGCACGCAAAUUUGAACUCUCUGAUAUAGCAGGCCAUAUUGUUGAAUUCAGUGUUGAUCAACAUGGUAGCCGAUUUAUCCAGCAAAAGCUAGAACAUUGCGGCGCUGAGGAAAAAAGUUCCGUCUUUAAGGAAGUGGUGCCUCAUGCUUCAAAGUUAAUGACUGAUGUCUUUGGGAACUAUGUCAUACAAAAGUUUUUCGAGCAUGGAAGUUCCGAACAGAGAAAAGAGCUUGCAGAUAAGCUUGCUGGACAGGUGUUGCAGUUGAGUCUUCAGAUGUAUGGUUGCCGUGUGAUACAGAAGGCCCUUGAGGUGAUCGAGCUUGACCAGAAAACCGAACUCGUGCAAGAGCUUGAUGGUCAUGUGAUGAGAUGCGUACGUGAUCAGAAUGGGAAUCAUGUCAUCCAGAAGUGCAUAGAAUGUCUUCCGUCGGAAAGUAUUGAGUUCAUUAUUUCUGCUUUUAGAGGCCAAGUUGCCACACUGUCCACCCAUCCUUACGGAUGUCGUGUCAUCCAGAGAGUUUUGGAACAUUGUUCAGAAGGACAGCAAAGUCAAUGUAUUGUGGACGAAAUUUUGGAAUCUGCUUUCCAUCUUGCUCAAGACCAAUAUGGCAACUAUGUAACCCAGCAUGUUCUGGAGAGGGGGGAGGCGCGUGAAAGGAGUGAAAUUAUCAGCAAGUUGACUGGGAAGGUGAUCCAGAUGAGUCAGCAUAAAUACGCGUCAAAUGUUGUGGAGAAGUGUCUCGAACACGGUGAUGUUGCUGAACGUGACCUCUUGAUAGAGGAGAUUAUAAGGAAACCUGAAGAUAGUGACAGCUUGCUGACAAUGAUGAAGGACCAAUUUGCAAAUUAUGUUAUCCAGAAGAUUCUCGAGAUUGGCAGCGAUCGGCAGAAGGAAGCACUGCUCAAUCACAUUAGCCUCCAUAUUAAUGCUCUGAAGAAAUACACGUACGGGAAGCACAUAGUUGCUCGGUAUGAGCAGCUCUGUGGCGAAGAGAGUGAAGCCCCCGAGCCUUGAAGUCGGUUACACACUGUGUUGGAGCGCGCGGUGUCGUGCUUGUGGCGAUAGCAGCCAAAGCCAGUUGAAGAAAUGUCGAAAGGCAUGAGGAAAGGAAGGGUAGAUGAAUUGAAUGGGUAUUGAUUCUUAUGCACACAAGAAUUGAUUGAAGCUGGGGAAACAAAGAAAAGAGGACUUGAUGUAUGUGGGGAAAAUGGGCCUUUGGUGAAAAAUUUGGAGACGGUGAAAGUAUAUAUUAGUAAUGUAGUGUUUGUGAUGGGUGUGGAAGUAAAAAAUAUGGUAACGUGUACAUGAAUGUAAUGUAUAGGAAGGAUGGAGGAAGGAAGAUUAUAUAUGUACACGGUGAUUGAUGAUAGGGAUAGUCUUGCACUGUUGAUCUUUGCAGCAGAAAUUGUGGAUCAGUGAGUGGAAUUCUUGUGUUUGGUUCUGCUUUCUGUCUUGGUUGGUCUUUGCUUUAUACAUCCUUCUGUUUUUUGGUAACUCAGAGAGGAAAAGCGAGACGGAUCUGUUUUCGAGAUUGGGUUGGUGUUCAGUUUAUCGGGCA